AUGGGCACUUCACGAGCUUUUCUGCAUAGGGAUGAUCUCAAGAUGGAGGAUCGGGUUGCAUCUGGUGACUGUACCGAGGAAAGAGAGUACCAUAUUAUCGAGCACUUUUGCUGUGAGUAA